AUGGAAAAUCAAGCGCCUCCUUCUCUUCUAGAAACCCUCCCCCAAGAGCUCCUCACCGAUAUCCUUGCUCGCGUUGCUGAAUCUUCAGUUCGAGACCUAGCCCCUUGCUUAUUGGUCGCCCCAAUAAUCACCUCAGCCGUCAAUGAUGAUCAUGUCAUCAAGAACCUCAACCUUCGCAGGCAAGCCAGGAACCCUUUGAGAACGUUUUUUCGUUAUCAAAAACUAAUGAAGAAAUCACUGAAGAGUGAUCAUCCAGCUGCACAUUACGUUGAAGGAAUCAAACAAUUCUUCAUCUACGACAACAGACACAAAGGGUUACUCCACCUAAAGAAGGCUUCCGAAGGGUCAUACGACAAUGCUACCUAUCUCUAUGGUAUCCUAAAGUUGUGCAUGGGGAGGAUUGAAGAAGGUAAGGCUGUUCUAGCCACCCUUGGAUGGGAAACAGACAAGCGCCGGACUAACGAGGCCUGGAAUGAAGUUAAGAAAUCCAUGAGGGUUGUUUUUGUCAUUAAGAAACCAGAGUACCUUGCUUCUUUGAGGAACAACCAACCACCACUGAGUUGCCACAAAAACGACAAAGACAACAUUUGUGCAAGCUGCUUCCAUUACAAGAUGAUGCGCAAGUUCAUCGGAUUUGUCAGCCAGUGA